UGAGGUCAUGUGAGGUUUUGCGUUUGCGGUUUCUCCUUCAUCGCCCUCCAACUGGACAGGACUGUCGCGACGCGGUGUUAGAAACAGCCUGAAAACGACGAACCAACGCAAAGCUCCAAGCAACUGAAGCGAAGUCCUGCAAAACUUCCAGUAGAAUGGCUGUCCCUCCAUCAUAUGGUGAUCUUGGUAAAUCUGCAAAGGACAUCUUCAACAAAGGAUAUGGUUUUGGAUUGGUGAAACUUGACGUCAAGACCAAGUCUUCAAGUGGAGUGGAAUUCAAAACCUCUGGCUCGUCCAACACUGACACCAGCAAAGUCAAUGGCAACCUGGAGACCAAGUACAAAUGGGGUGAAUACGGCCUGACGUUUACAGAGAAGUGGACAACAGACAACACUCUGGGGACUGAGAUCACUGUUGAAGACCAGAUCACCAAAGGACUGAAACUUACGUUCGACACCCAAUUCUCACCAAAUUCUGGCAAGAAGAGUGGGAAGGUGAAGACUGCCUAUAAGCGUGAAUACGUCAACUUGGGCGUAGAUGUAGACUUUGACUUUGCCGGCCCGGCCAUCCACGGUGCAGCGGUGACCGGAUACGAGGGAUGGCUGGCUGGCUACCAGAUGACCUUCGACACGGCCAAGUCCAAAAUGACCCAGAGCAACUUCGCUGUUGGCUACAAGACGGAUGAUUUCCAGCUGCACACCAAUGUUAAUGAUGGCACAGAGUUUGGAGGGUCCAUCUACCAGAAGGUGAAUGACCAGCUGGAGACUGCUGUGAACCUGGCCUGGACAGCAGGCAGCAACAGCACCCGCUUUGGCAUCGCUGCCAAGUAUCAGCUGGACUCCAGUGCCUCGAUAUCUGUUAAAGUUAACAAUGCUAGUUUGGUGGGAGUUGGCUAUAACCAGACACUGCGGCCAGGUAUGAAACUUAUCCUGUCUGCACUGGUCGAUGGCAAAAGCAUCAACGCCGGUGGCCACAAACUGGGCCUGGGCCUGGAGCUGGAGGCAUAAGUAUCUAGCUGUCCUUUCUAGUGAAGUCUUCAUAUUUAAUAUUUGAGGGAAUAUCAGAAGAAUUUGGCCUUAGGUAUUUCCAGCCCAACAACCGGUAAGGGAUGUCUCAAAGGAAUGAGAUUAAUCUAAAGCAUCAAUAUACACAACAUAACCCUCAGUUCUGUCAGUUAGAUGGAUCCCCAACCCAUCAGCCACUGCCAUUUCCUUUGUUGGUUUGUAGUCCGUCAUUCUGUGUGUACUAUGACAGUAGCCCAGUACUACUAAGUCUUAUGUAUUCCUAUACUGUGCUGUACCACUAGUGAAAAACAUCCUCCUUCUCAGAGAGAGCGUUCAUUCUGCAUGUUUUACAUUUGUUUUAUCGGUUUGGCUCAUUGGAUGGGACAAUCCGAGAAGGGUUAUAUUAAGAUGUAUUCUUUGAUUUAAUUAUAUAUAAUAACAAUGUUAUUAUGUUGUCAUUAUGUGACAAUCCUGAACUGUUGUUGUUUUGCACACUAGCAAAUUAUAUUAUACCUUUUUAUUUAUGUCUUAUCUUUCCCUGUUUCAUUUGCACAUAUAGUAGGCUUCGGUUAGCAAUGCUUUGCCUGUUGUCAGGGCGGCUCCUACUCAGAAUGUUCAUCAUGUAUUCUAGAGACCUUAAACGUCUAUUCUAUUUGGUGAUGAGAUCUAUUUAGCUAAUAUUCUUGAGGACAUGUUAAUAAAUUAUGCUUAUUGCUUUGCCACCCACCCUGCGGUCAGAUCCUUACGAUAUUGAUUAACUAACCUGUUUCCUAGUUGAACAUGGUAGUAUAAAUUGCACGACAUUGCCAAAUGGGAUUUUCUGGGUGUGAUUAGAAAGGAGAAGGGAAACUAUUAUAACUGAGCGUAUCCUCCACCUCCCCUUCCCCUAGCUGUGUAUAAAUGAUAUGACUGGGAAACCAGAAACCAAGUCCACGUCUACCUUUACAAUAAAGUCUUUUAAACAAGUCA